ACGCCAUUGAGAAGUAUGGGAUAACACACGCAGACCUUUGGCCUUACAUGUGGAAGGAUAUGAUACUUCAUGGUCCAAUAGUUGGGCAUGACCUGUCAAGACUAAAAGGGGGAUUGACGGGUUCUCAGGCAUUAGGCGUUGAAUCGGUGAAAUCAUUUACAGCACUUGUUCCUGAUUUCAUGAAUGUAUAUGGGUCAACAGAGACAAACAUGGUCACUGGAAACUUUAAAGACGAUCCUGCAAUGGAGAGGAGGUUGAAGUCCAUUGGAUUUCCACUUGCACGUGUAGAGGUAAAGCUUAUAGACGACCAACAUAACGUAGUUCCCAUUGGGGAACCCGGAGAGUUGUAUACGCGGUCACCCUCUAUCUUCAUUGAGUACAUGGGUGAACCUGAGAGAACGAGAAAAGUGAAGGAUGAAGACGGUUGGUACAGAACUGGUGAUGUUGCGAGAAUGGAUCAGAAUGGGUUCCUUUAUUUCAUUGGGCGAAAAGCUGAUAAUAUAAGAUUCAAGAAGAUGGGCGACAUUAUCUAUCCAGGCGUAAUUGAGGCCGCAGCUCAAAAGCACAACAAAGUAGCAGAGGCACAGUGUGUGGGCAUUAAGAAAGCUGAUGAUUGUAUGGGGGAUGACAUAUUUCUCUGUAUUAUCCUUAAACCAGGCGAGAAUAUGAAAGAGGAUGAAAUGGAAGAGCAUUGUCAGGUGGAACUGAUAAAGCGAGAUCAGCCGGACUA